CGAACCGAGACCGGGUAGUAGUCCGCUUUGCGCUAUUCGCGCCACAGUCGUCAGUACACGACACUCUCCACUCCUGACUGGUUCGACUCUGUCUCACCCUCCUUUCCCCUCUCUCUCUUUCUCUCACUCCCCCCUUUGCCCCUUGGGUUUUCGCCUGACGACGCUGCACUCUCGGGCAUUUCGCCGGAAACCGACGCCGCGCGAGGACACUGAGUUUCGUUACGUGUACACACGCACCCGCUCUAUCUUUUUCCACCGUUUUGUAAGCGGACACGCAGGCAUCUUGCCCAACGCGCACGUAUCCACCAUGAGCACUAAGGAAAACAACGAGGUCGUUGUCGAGAAGGUGACCGAGAACGACAAGGCUUCGGGGGACGCGAAGUGUGAGAUCAAAGGAAUCAAGAGGCCGGCCGAGGAAAAGAACGAUGAUACAAAGAAACAGAAGAAGGAGGAGAACGGCGACGGAGAAGUGGAAGAAGAGGAAAUAGAAGAGGAGGAGGUGGAUGAGGAGGAGGAAGUAGACGGCGAUGGCGAGGAAGACGAUGACGAUGACGACAUGAUACCAGAAGGCGAGGAGGAUUUAGAAGAGGGCGAAGACGAAGAGGAGGACGACGUAGAAGGUGAAGUGGAAGAAGUGGAGGAUGACGAGGAAGACGCAUAAUGAAAAAAGGGAAGGAGGUAUGUAAGUAAGAAAGGAGGAGGUAGGCACAUGGUGUCGUCGUCGUCGUUGUUGUCGAUCUUCGGCAGUCUUCUCAGCAAAAUGCUUACUCUCAUAUUGAGUGGUUGGUAGCAAUGUUGAUAAUCCAUCGUGCCCGAAAAACCGUAUUGCUGGAACCUCCCGACCUACAAAUAAAAAUUACCACCUCACCGGAGUUGCGGUGGGCUGACACGCAUUAGAAGCAACCGCAAUUCUACUUGUCUUGGCUCUUCGCAAUUCUGGUCGUCUAGCCAUCACCAAAAUGCUAUUAGGUAGUUUGAAUAGAAAACCAUACAUCCGCCGUGAGGAACCAACGAACGUCGAUAUUCCGUUUAAUAUCUUAAGUACUUGAUCGCGCAGCCGUGCGCGUCCACCGGGGUACAUUUACAAAACGUUCCCAAGGCGGAUUUAUCGUUUUAUACAAACCACCUACUAUCUGGUAUUUGCCAUCAUCUGGCUUUCUUCGCGGGACAGUUUUAUAACGGAAACUUAUUUAAGAUAUAAAAAAAAAGCUCUAUUGUAUUUAAAUAGUGUAAAAUGAACAUUUGUGGGUGAUUUUUUUACAUUUGAAAUCAAAUUUACGUUUGUAGUUCGACGAAUGUCUCUCACCUUGUGCGCGUGAUUGAUUUUCCUUUUCUCGAUCUAUACGUAUAUUUGCAAUGGAUGGCGUUGCGGGAGUGCGAGCGCCUGAAAAUAAGAAAAAAAAAAAAAAAAAACACUGAAAUUAAUCAAGGGGUGCGUGAAAACAAGAAAAAAUAGGAAAUUUAUAAUUGAAUGCAUAAAGUCGAGAGGACACCCUUUUGAUAUUCGAUGUAUACUAUACCGAGAGGGAUUUUAAAUAGUCUUUAAAACUGCUUCGUACUCCUGUUUGAUUCAAAGAAACAAAACUGGGAUUAAGGUUAAUGCAACGCUCGCGCCGGGUAGUGUGGAUGUGUAAUGUGUGACUUUAACAUUGCAUAAUAAUUAUACAUAGCAUGUAUAAAGUUAUGGAAUAAGAAACAUUUUAUUAUUAACGAUAAUAUUAUGUAACGUAAUGUAAUGUGGAGAGAGGUGGUGUUACAUUUUAGGCUUGGGGCACAGAAUAGGGAGAGAAUCUUUAUUAUACAAGGUGCAACUACCGCAGGGUAAUAUAUUUUAUUUCUUUGAAGAAGCUAUUCCAUUUAUACUCCAUGUAAGUUGUGUUCACGUAGCAAACAAUUGAGACUUGUCGCGCAGUGCAUUUCAAAAAUCGUUGAAAAUAAUGCCGAGUAACCGACGAACGAUUAAAAAAUCCACCGCUCUCCCUAUUCGAUUGCUCUUAUUCGAGCGUAAUUCAUUUGUAUUGUAUGUACUGUGGUUUUAUUUUGACUUUAUUGCCAUGGACCGCUUAUGAGCAACGAUUCGUUGACUGUCGCGGAACGAGUGACAGUAUUCUUUACUACGAAUUAAUUCUCCUGUACACGGUGAUCAGUGUCUUAUUAAUUACCAUAUCACCGUGGAAAUAACCAGACGGUGUGACAUAAUUUUUUAAUGAGUUUUCGCUAUUCACUGAUCACCCACGACAGAAGGAUACUCUUUGCGCCAGAGUCGGUGGACCGUUGCAAAUGGGGGACUGUCCAUGUCACCACUUAUUUCGGGAGACUGGUAGACAAGAAAGGGUGAAGAGACAUUGCGGUUACGAUACCAUUGUACCAUAGCUGCAUAAUAAAUAAAAGUAACGAUAAUUUGAAUGCGAGACGAUGUCCCACGUUUUAAUGUACAAAUAUUUUCGAAUGAGAUAGUUAAAUAAAACACAGUUAGAUCAGAGAAAAUGAUUCGUUCUCGUGAGUAGUAAUGGGUUUUACAUCCGAAGACAAAUUACAGAAACGGCAGUGUUUAAGAAAAAGAAAACUGCUGUUUAUGGACUGUAUCCUGCUACACUGAAUCCAAAGGAGAUGGGAUGGACCCGUGUAACGUUUACACGAUAAAACCAAUUUAUUCGAUUUGUUACGAUAAAUAGGAACAAUAAAAGUCCGAAUCGUAAGUCAAAUGCGUAAGGCGUAAUUAGCAGUCUAUCAAUUGCGUACAGGCCAUACCAUCUCCGUAACUCUGUUAUUCUAUAGUUUUAUACACAAUCCGUUGCUGUAUUUACACGUGUUAACUUCAAGAUAGUACCUUGACGAUCACGUUGACAAAGAACUAUCUUAAAGUACAGGUGCCUGAGCAAAAAUAAGUACUUUAGCGUUCAUAGUAUACAAUGCAUACACGAUAAGUAUAGGUCCAUUUAAUUUUAUUAAUAUCGAGCCCCGUUUGCAACAUGUCCAAAAUGGAAUAAAAGUUACUCGCGUUUUGCACUUGGUAGCCAGAGAUCACGGGACUCUUCUCUGCUCGGGUGCUCAACGUGACUGAAAAUUAUUUACUGGUGCUAACGGGUCUUACAAAUCAAUCAGGCCAAUCGCCCCGAUACCGUUACAUCCCUACGUUUGUUAGGUAAGCAUUAAAAAAAAAAAAAGGAAAAAAAAACUUGAUGAAUUUUGGUAAACGACACCUGUCACGGUUAAACGUAAACGAAAUCUUAGGCUAAGAAUUUGGUUUGUGUGUUCAUAAGUCUUGUUCAAACUACUUUUGUACAGGAUACCAUCGCAUCAUCACUUUCGACGUAACAGUAACCGACACCACAGACUAUAUUUCUGCCCAUUCCAUCAGAAUUGAACUUUCAUUGUAUUUUUAAGUAAAUACAUUUUGGAAAACAACACAAAUGGUUUUUUAUUCUUCACGUAUUUGUGAAGGAACGAGUCUUCUUCCCUACAAAUAAUUAUAUU